CUGGGGGCGGGGCCGGGGAGGGGUCCGCGGGCGGGUCACGUCCAGCAGACGGGGCGGAGCGCUGGGACGGCCAACGGGGGAGGCGCCACAUCCGGAGGCUGGCCCGUACUGCAUAAAGCCGCCGCGGCCGCGGGUUGCCUCUGACGGCAGCUCUGGGUUUUUCUCGCUUGCAGGAGCAGCUGCUCCAAUGCCCCAGAGCUACCAUGGGCGCCCCGCACUGGUGGGACCAGCUGCGGGCUGGCAGCUCGGAGGUGGACUGGUGCGAAGACAACUACACCAUCGUGCCUGCCAUCGCCGAGUUCUACAACACGAUCAGCAACGUCUUGUUUUUCAUUUUACCGCCCAUCUGCAUGUGCUUGUUUCGUCAGUAUGCAACGUGCUUCAACAGUGGCAUCUACUUAAUAUGGACUCUUUUAGUUGUAGUGGGAAUUGGAUCCGUCUACUUCCAUGCAACUCUUAGUUUCCUGGGUCAGAUGCUUGAUGAACUUGCAAUCCUCUGGGUCCUGAUGUGUGCUCUGGCCAUGUGGUUUCCCAGACGGUAUCUACCGAAGGUUUUUCGGAACGACAGGGGCAGGUUCAAGGUGGUGGUCUGUGUCCUGUCUGCAGUUACAACGUGCCUGGCAUUUGUCAAGCCUGCUAUCAAUAACAUCUCUCUGAUGACCCUGGGGGUUCCUUGCACUGCACUGCUCAUCGCAGAGCUGAGAAGGUGUGAGAACGUGCGUGUGUUUAAGCUGGGCCUCUUCUCGGGCCUCUGGUGGACGCUCGCCCUCUUCUGCUGGAUCAGCGACCGGGCCUUCUGCGAGCUGCUGUCGGCCUUCCAUUUCCCGUACCUGCACUGUGUGUGGCACAUCCUCAUUUGCCUCGCCGCCUACUUGGGCUGCGUGUGCUUCGCCUACUUUGAUGCAGCCUCAGAGAUCCCCGAGCAAGGCCCAGUCAUCAAGUUCUGGCCCAGCGAGAAAUGGGCCUUCAUUGGUGUCCCCUAUGUGUCUCUUUUGUGUGCCAACAAGAAAUCACCCGUGAAGAUCACGUGAUGUCAGGUGG